AUGAUGAAAACUCUCUUCAUUAAAUAUCUAAGCAACAUCUGUCCGUUUUCAUUUUUUACUUCUUUCUUUUUUUCUUCUCCCUCACUAUCGAUCUAUCUGUCUGUCUUUAAAAUCUUUGUCUUUUUUCUCCAUGUUACACUUUUCCUCUUUAUUUUAUUUUCUCUCUCUAUCUCUCUAUGUAUCUCUCUCCCCUAUCUCCCCCCCUCUCUCUCUCUCUCUCUCUCUCUCUCUCUCUCUUUUUCUAGCUCUUUUAUUUAUUUAAUUGUUUUACCCUUAAUUUUUAUUUCGUUCUCAAGACAUACUUCAUUUUUCCUUAUUCGCUUUCUCUCGUUUUACCAAAUAUUUGUUCGGCUUGUCGUCUUUUUCUUUUACCUUUUAAUGCCAUCUACUCCCGUGACCUGUGAACGUCCCCCACCUAAAAAAGCCCAAAACAGAAACACCGCCAUCUUUUAUUUCUUGCUUGUCUCAUUCACCUGUGAGCAUUUUGCUUUCUUUCUAAUUUUUUCUUUUCUUUUCUUUUGCUAUUGUUUUCAUUCUCUUUCAUGCUAUUCUUUUCUCCUUUCUUCAUUCUUUUUUAUUAUUUUGCAUGCUCGGAGUCUUUCGAUUGUUUCUUUAUAUAACUCACAGAUUUUCUUCUUUCUUUCUUUUUUCUUUUAUUUCUUCUACUUUUCUUAUCCAUUCUCUUAUUUCUGUAACUUUUCUUUUUUCCCUUUCUCUAUACCCCUCUUUCUUUCUUUCUUUCUUUCUUUCUUUUAUAUGUAUUUUCGGGAUAAUAUUUCUUCUUUUUUUUAUCCAUUCUCUUAUUUCUGUUACUUUUCUUUUUUUCCCUUUCUCUAUACCCCUCUUCCUUUCUUUCUUUUUUUUCUUUUUUUAUCUCUUUUCGGGAUAAUAUUUCUUCUUUUUCUUAUCCCUUCUCUUAUUUCUGUUACUUUACCUUUCUUUCUUUUAUUGCUUCUCCUUUUCCCUUCUCCAUUUUCUUCAUUCUUUCCUAUUUCUUUUUUUUUUCUUAUCUCUUCUCUUAUUUCAAUUAAUUUUCUUUUCUUCUUUUUCUUCUUUUUCCUUUUCUUUCCUUCUUUCUUUCUUUUUUGCUUUCUUUCUUCUUACAUCUCUUUUCAAGCUAGUAUUUAUUCUUUAACUAAAAUUCUUCUGUUGGUGUUCCAUUCUUACAAGAGACACCUGCUUCAUACCUAA